AUGCCGCCGAUGUCUGAGGGAUUUGGUGACCAUAUCGAGGAUUACACGGAACUCGAAUUUAUUGGCAGAGGAGGUUUCGGCGAUGUUUAUAAAGCAAGAUGUCUAAAUACAGGAAUAGAUGUAGCGAUAAAAAAGAUUAACAUAAAAUUAAUGCAAGACCAUGGAAUGAUUGGUAGAGUACGUGAAGAAGUAGCCAUUCAUUCAAAAUUGCGACAUCCAUCCAUUCUAAAGUUCUAUACAUCUUUUAAAGAUGCAAAAUAUGUUUAUAUAGUGUUGGAACUAUGUCCUUAUGGAGAUUUACAGCGUUUUCUGAAAAAACAUUAUGUUCAAAGGCUUUCAGAAAAUGAAGCUGCCAGAAUUAUAAAACAAGUUGCGGAAGGAUUACUCUAUUUGCACGAUAGAAAUAUGGUUCAUAGAGAUAUCUCACCUUCUAAUUUAUUAUUGACUGCAGAAAUGCAAGUGAAAAUAGCAGACUUUGGAUUAGCAAAAUUGAUGAAACCUAAUCAAAAUAAUAUGACUAUGUGCGGUACACCCAAUUAUAUUGCACCUGAGGUUGCGACAAAAUCAUCACAUGGUCCUAAAGCAGAUUUGUGGAGCUUAGGAUGUUUGUUGUAUACUUUACUAGUUGGUAAAGCUCCAUUUGACAGUGGAGGUGUAAGAAGUACUUUGGCUCUUAUUGCUAAGGGUUACUAUAAUUUACCUUCUUAUUUGUCUGACAGCGCAAAAGAUUUAAUUAGCCGUUUACUACAAAAAGAACCACACCAUCGAAUUGAAUUACGUGAUAUUUUAAAGCAUUCUUUUAUUACAUCUAUAGAAAAAAAAUAUCAAGAAAAAAUGUUAAUGAGCAGAGCAUUGUCACGAGAUAGAAUGGCUGAUUCAGGGCUGGGUAAAACAAUGUCUUCAGUAGAUCGAAUGGUUCGAGGUCGCUCUCGUUCAGAAGAGCGCGCUUCGAUGUUACCAUCGUCGUAUAACCCUUUAGCACCACAUUUUACCGUCAGAAGUGAUCCUGUAACUGAUAGAAACAAUUGCCAGAAUAACUUUGCUUAUCAAAAUAAGCGAAAUGAUUAUUCUCAUGAGCAGACUUCGGUACGAUCAGCAGGCAUUCCACCAUCUCGUAGUCGGGUAUUUUCACGAACCUCACACACCAGCGUCGACGAUAUUAAUUGUCAAAGGAAUGAUAAACAAAAGUAUCGAGAGCAAGCCGGUGACUAUCUUAAAGAUCAAGAUGUUAAUGUAAAAUUACAAACACCACCAUUAAAUUCUAAAAGACUGCUACCGACAAGACAUCGUACGAAAAAUGUUAUUCUCACAAUUCUUGAUAACGGAGAAGUUUGUCUUGAAUUUAUAAAAAGGAAAAAUAAUAAUUUGGAACGCAUUGGUGAAGUUUGUAGGAUAUCAAGUGAUGGCUUACAAAUUAUUUUAUAUAAAUUACGAGACUCCAGAGAAAUUGAUGAUAAACCACCUCCAGUACCUGCUCAUGACGCUGAUAUUUAUUCAUAUGAAAAUUUACCUUCCCGGCAUCACAGGAAAUACGUUUAUGCUACAAGAUUUGUUAACCUCGUUAAAGCAAAAACACCUAAAAUAACUUUAUACAAUGAACGUGCAAAAAUUCAUUAUAUGGAAAAUGGGCCACGCCCAGAUUGUGAAGUCCAUUUUUACAAUGGUAUUAAAGUUACUUGUGUUGAUAAAAUAAUAAAAAUAACAGAUUUAGUUGGUAACAGUUAUAAAGAAGGAGAAAUACCAGGUGAAUUAGAAGAAUAUUAUAAACAUUAUAAAAAAUGUUAUCAAUAUUGUUUAUGCCUGGAAGCAUCAUUGAAUACAUUGGAAUCAGCAACAGAAGAAUCUUGUUUUCCUGUAAUUAUUGGACGAAGACCUUUAUCUGCUGGAAAUGUUUCUUCCCUACAAGGAAAAGAAAAUGUGUUACGAGUAAUCAAUAGCCCACAAACUAUAAAUAAUUCACCCGUGAUGCCGUCAUUUGAUUAUUCUGUAAUGUCUGGAGUAACGUUGAAAUCUAAAAGAACAACUUCUAAUCGCUCAAUACAGUAUGAUUAUAAAAAAGAAUACAUUCCCGGUAUUGGAAAUGGAAUCCAAUUACCGAACGGAGAUAUUAAAAUAGAAUAUGAAGAUGGAUCUACUUUAACAGUUUUCCCGAAAAGCCAGGGUAAUGAAAUAUUGUAUGAAAGAAAUAAUGGUAUGAUAAGUAAAUAUUCAACAAAUCAACAUAAAAAACUUCAAAUACCUUAUGAAGUACAAAAGAAGCUACGACGAGAUUUGCCGGAACUAUCAAGAGCAGAGAUUGCAUAUAAAUAG